AUGCCUGUGACUAGGUCAUCUGCUGUUACUUUCAAAGUUGGUCCCCCCAUUGGUGCCUGGAGGUCAAAGAGAGUCAAUCCUACUGUCACUUCACCCACCAAAGCCCAACCUUCACAUGGUGCAAAGGCCCAUCACCAGGUAGUCAAAUGUGGAAAUCAGGAUACAAUUUCUGAAACACACAAGCCAAUGUCAGGGGAUGGUGAGGAGUGCCUGAACUGCAAAUCCAGCUCUGUAGCUCAAUGUCCCCCUCUCCAACCAUGCUCAAGUUACAAUUCUUCGCAAGGGUUGACAGAGAAAGAAAGAAUGCAAGGAUCAACGAGGCAGGUUGCACUCCAGAACAGUAUGAAGCUUGACCACACUGUUGCCCUUGAGCAACUACAAUUGGGCAUCAUUUCUAUGGAAGAUAUAGUUGCUGAGAAGGGUCACAAAAAGUCUGUUACCCCCAAUGACAGUGAAGAGGAUGAACAAGCUGUUGAGAGUACAGUGCAAGCUGAAGGUGAUCUGGUCUCAGAGAACCUGGUGGAUCAUGAUGGUUGCCAAGCUGUUGAAAACAGUGAUUGGUCAGCUGACCAGAGGUGUGACCCUAAAUGUGAACAAACCCUGAGAGAAAUCUGUGCUGGCAAUUAUGAUACUGAUAAUGAUCCUUCCACACCCCCUCUCCCUUCUCCAUCCUCAUCAGAAGAAGAAGAUGGAGCUGCUGAUACUGAAGGCAGCAGUGACAGCUCUGUGACCAGGAGGUGUAGGGAAGCCAAAGGGAAAUCUUGUGCCCUAGCCAACACAUCCUCUGAAGAUGAGGAUGGACCUACCAGUGACCUCAGUCAAUGUGAGGAUGCAUCCAGUGCAGAAGCAGGCUUACCAUGCUUCAAACCAGGGCAGCUUCCCUUGGAAGCCAUACGAAAGGCACAGGCACUUGGCAUGCACACCACUCAAGAAGCCCAGGUGAUUGCAGAUGAGUAUGGCAAGACUCUUGGGUCAAUCAUGGCUGCUGCUGGUCUUACCACAAAGGCAACUUGUGCUGAAUCUGUGCAGAACAUGCAUCAGGCUUGGUAUGCACAUACCAAUCCAAAAGUGUCUGCAGAGGAAACCAAAGACUACUAUAGGCAUCACACCAAGCACUAUGAGGACCAUAAAGAUGAGGACAAACAUCCUCAACUGUGGGCUGAGAUCUGGAAGUAUUGGAGUGAGUGUGUCAGUGGGUCUAAAGACAUCAGUUUCAAGGCAAUGGCACAAACUUGGUGCAAUGUGGAGGGCAUACAUGUCUUCAGAUGUGUAAUUUAUAGUGGGAGCAAUGGAGCUGCAUGCCAAUCCCAAGGAAUUUUUGCUGGAUCCUCCCUUCUCAUGCAGCUUAAUACCUGUCCACAAUUAUCAAGUGUGAUUGCAACCAGCAAAUUUUACCUACAAUCAUACUCCAUAAAUUCUUAUACCAUCACUGAUUGGCCUGCUGGAGUCCCUGCUGUUGGUCCAGAUUUCAAUGUCAAAUGCCUCAAUGCUGAUGAACUUUGUGCUCUGACUGUUCCUUUCCUGAAAGAGUCAAUAGGUGCAGAUUACCAUGCUGAGGCUCCACUAGAUGAUGAUGAAGACCAAGCUGGAUACCUUGUCCCUUUGCUGAAUUCAUCAUUUUACCUCAAGAAGUGGACUGAUGAUCAGAUUGAGCUAUUUCACCACAGUGAUGCAAGGAUGUGUGACAUCCCACUUGUGGUGAACAAAUUGAACCAGCACCUCCAUGUUCUUUCUGAUUCAGAUGCAUUUGUUAAGGCCCUCCCUAAAGGUGACAAGUUUAGGGAGAGAAGUGCCCCUUCAUCUUUCCCUGACCAACCUGUGCAAGGAUGA